GGGCGGGGCAUGCAGUGACGUAGCCGUUUCCUUUAUCCGGUCCAGCCUUGCAGCGCUCUCACUCACCGCUCGUUCUCUAUGCGCAGCCGGUAGAGCAGAGGACGGAGGUGCCAUUUUGCGACUACUUCUCUAAAUCCCACCAUGUAUCCGACAACACUGACCCAGCUCUCCCGGGGGAACCCCUUCAGCGCCCCGUUAUUCACGCUACAGAAGGCGGAUGAGCCCGAAUCACACACCGCCGUACAGAAGCGCACGUUUGCAGCCGCCGCUGUAGCCGAAUCGGCCGAUAGCUGUGAGUUCGGCUCAGGAAAAUACUACGUCCUCUGCGGGUUUGGGGGCAUCUUGAGUUGUGGUAUUACGCACACGGCCGUUGUACCACUCGACUUGGUGAAGUGCCGUCUCCAGGUGGACCCAGCUAAAUACAAGAGCAUCUUCAAUGGUUUCUCAGUCACGAUCCGAGAGGAUGGCAUGCGUGGGUUGGCUAAGGGUUGGGCGCCCACCUUCAUCGGUUACUCCAUGCAGGGACUCUGCAAGUUCGGCUUAUAUGAAGUUUUCAAAGUCCUGUACGGAGAUAUGCUAGGAGAGGAAAAAGCAUACAUGUGGAGAACCUCGCUGUAUCUGGCUGCCUCUGCCAGCGCAGAGUUCUUCGCAGAUGUGGCUCUGGCUCCUAUGGAGGCAUGUAAAGUGCGUAUCCAAACGCAACCCGGCUACGCCAACACCUUGAGAGAGUGCGCCCCCAAGAUGUACGCCGAGGAAGGACUCUGGGCGUUCUACAAAGGUGUGGUUCCUCUUUGGAUGAGACAGAUCCCCUACACCAUGAUGAAGUUUGCCUGCUUCGAGCGCACAGUUGAAUUGCUUUACAAAUACGUGGUGCCCAAACCCCGCAGCGAAUGCUCCAAAUCCGAACAGCUGGUCGUCACUUUCAUCGCUGGUUAUAUCGCUGGUGUGUUCUGCGCCAUCGUGUCUCACCCCGCUGACUCUGUCGUCUCCGUGUUGAACAAAGAGAAGGGAAGCACAGCCGCGCAAGUGCUCAAGAGACUCGGACCUAAAGGUGUAUGGAAGGGUUUGGUCGCCCGUAUCAUCAUGAUCGGUACCCUGACCGCCUUACAGUGGUUCAUCUACGACUCUGUGAAGGUGUACUUUCGUAUGCCACGCCCACCUCCCCCCGAGAUGCCCGAGUCCCUCAAGAAGAAGCUCGGCCUCACAGAGUAGAUCGCUCGAACGAUCUCCCUCCUCCAUUAAAGUCCCGUCGACACGCGACUCUGUUUUGUGUAUUUAAGUCUGUACUGAGCACUGCUCACCCCUGCCCCGCCCACCUCUGACAUCACGAUGCUGCAGGGGUCACCGGUCCCCUUCGCGGGCGAGUUCUAUUAUAUAUAUAUAUAUAUUAAGGUUUGUGAAAUGAAUGAAUUCCAUCUAGUUUUAACCGUGUUUCUUUUGUCAGUAGUACAAUAAACAAUCUACCUGGAUAUUAAACAAAAGAAGCAACCUGUUUAUUUUCAAAAAGUUGUCAUUUUUCACACUUAUGUUGUUCCAAACCCAUGUGACUUUCUUCCGUGGAGCACACAAGGUAUCGUUAGGCGGAAUGUUUGGGAUUGAGGGACUUUAUUUAAUUUUAUAGAUAAUAGAUGCAAUGAAAGUGAAUGGUGACUGACGCCAUCAGUUUCUAAUAUUCUGCCAACUACUAAGAGAAAAUCAUACAGGUUUGGAACAACAUCAGGGUAAGUAAAUGAUGCCUGUAAUGAACUAUUACUUUAACUUUCUUUUGAACUCUACUGCAGAUGUUCUGUAGACUAGUAGAGUUGUGCAAUCACACGAUGUUAUUCAACCAACAUGCAUUAAUCUGCUCCCAUUGGUUUGUCAAGUUAAAUAAUAAAAGUUCUAUAAAUAUU